AUGGCCGCACCAGUAACACUUCCCUCCAUUCAGGAUCCCCACGGCGCCUACGGCCAACCAGCCUACCCGAGGUCCUACCCUGGCGAUCCACGGGGUGACCCGCGCGCCGAUCCGCGCGCCAGCAAUUACAGCGCCUCCCCGAAUUCCGUUAACGGCUACCCGCCGCCGCAACCGGGUGGUCAUGCGCCGCAACUGCCGCCGUUGCAACCCCCGGGUGACCCCAGAUCUCCCACUUAUCCUCCCCCGCCAGAUGGAAGGGACGACUACUACAGAAAUCGCCAGCCUCCGCCGCAGUAUGGCGACCCCUACUAUCAAGAGUAUCACAACCGUCAAGGCCCGCCUCCUCCGGGUCGCUACGCCGACUACCCUCCACCUGGCCCUGGUGGUCCACGAUACGACUACCCACCAGGCGCACCGAGAUACGACUACGGUCAAGGAGGCCCUCCCAUGCAGCAAGCUGCCCCAAGACAACGAACCUCUAUAGCUUGCAGGUACUGCAGAAAGAGAAAGAUUCGGUGCAGCGGCUAUCAGAGUGCGCCUGGCGGCAAAUGCGUAAACUGCAGCAGGAUGAACCAGGAGUGCAUAUUCCAGCCCGUAUCUUCGUCUAGCUCGACUGCAUUUGUGCCCGUGUCGGCCAUCCAGGGAGGUGUUCCACCGGGAACGCCGCUCUAUGGGGCUUACGGGCAGCCUCUACCUCCGGGUUCGCUGCCUCCGCCACCAGGUCCCCAGGGUUAUCCCCCUCAGCCUGGCAACGGCGGUUACUACCAACAACCACUCCCUUCUCCAACGGGCGGCUACUCGCCCUACGAUGCGCAGCGUGGAAGGCGGCGGCCGAGGGACGAUGAAGUUGACGAGCUCCGACCUCCGCCACCCGAUCCGAACUCUGCAGACGAUCCUCGACGUCGCUCGCCAGCCUCGAGCUCGAAUCACAGCAGCCCGGGAGGCUACAUGGGCUACUCGCAAGGCGGUCAUCCCGGAUAUGACCCAAGAGCGCCUCCGGCUAGACAUAGCCCUGGACAGCCGGCGGCAGUACCUCACCCGCAGACGGGAGACGAGCGAGCCGCGGCAGCGACCCAGCGACAAAGCAAUUCCUCCACACCAGCAGCAUCCUCGAGCUCGGUUAUGAGCCUGAAUAAUUUGGUGGACACGACUCCAAAUGACAUUGACAGGAACAUGCUGGGAAGGCUGAACCGUCCUCCAGUGAGAAAGUGA